AGCUGCUGACGCUCCAGAGGCCUACAGAGGUUUGUGAGAAAAAUUUAAAAAACGAGCUUUGGCCAAUGACAACGUUUUAAUAAUUGAAUGAAGAAUAGUUUGUUCGAACUGUAUCUUUCUGAUUAGUUGGUUUGCUGGCUUUAUACCUUGAUCUAACAAGUGAAACACCUGCCUGGCCAAAAAAACUAACAAAUGUUGGCUACCGUUAGCUAGCUACUGUAGCUAACUUAGCAGGCGUCAUUAUCGGGUCACUCAAACACGUUAGCUAGCUAACAAGUUUGAAAGUUCAUUCUCACCUUGACUUCAUAUAAAGUGGAUGUAAAUACAUCUAUGAGCCUCCUAAUAGUGUUUUGAUUAAACUGUAACUUUUCUCUCCAAAGAAUAAUCUUGUUUUUGAUGGAAUGGUUCGUUCAAAACGUCGGAGUGAUGACACCAUCACAAGACGAGAAGGAAUGCUCAGCCGCAGCUCCAGAAGGCAGAGUCGCGAUACACCUUUGAAGUCAGGUGGCACAAGAGGCAGUAAGAAAUGGGAUGCCUUUCAGUGACAGUAUGAGCUAUUAUGAUUAUACCUGUCCUGAAGGCCAUCUCUCCCCUGAUAUCUUCAUACACAGAUAAGAUGUAGCAAUCUAUAAAGUAUUACAAAAACAGUUUCAGACAACCAGCUACACACGGAUCUACAGUACCAGUCAAAAGUUUGGACCUACAUACUCAUUCAAGGGUUUUUCUUUAUUUUUUAAAACUAUUUUCUACAUUGUAGAAUAAUAGUGAAGACAUCAAAACUAUGAAAUAACACAUAUGGAAUCAUGUAGUAACCAAAAAAGUGUUAAACAAAUCAAAAUAUAUUUUAUAUUUGAGAUUCUUCGAAGUAGCCACCCUUUGCCUUGAUGAAAGCUUUGCACACUCUUGGCAUUCUCUCAACCAGCUUCAUGAUGUGGUCACAUGGAAUGCAUUUCUAUUAACAAGUGUGCCUUCUUAAAAGUUAAUUUGUGGAAUUUCUUUCCUUCUUAAUGGGUUUGAGCAAAUCAGUUGUGUUGGGACAAGGUAGGGGUGGUAUACAGAAGAUAGCCCUAUUUGAUAAAAGACCAAGUCCAUAUUAUGGCAAUAACAGCUAAAAUAAGCAAAGAGAAAUGACAGUCCAUCAUUACUUUAAGACAUGAAGGUCAGUCAAUAUGGAACAUUUCAAGAACUUUGAAAGUUUCUUCAAAUGCAGUCGCAAAAACCAUCAAGCGCUAUGAUGAAACUGGCUCUCAUGAGGACCGCCACAAGAAAGGAUGACCCAGAGUUACCUCUGCUGAAGAGGAUAAGUUCAUUAGAGUUAACUGCACCUCAGAUUGCAGCCCAAAUAAAUACUUCACAGAGUUCAAGUAAGACACAUCUCAACAUCAAUUGUUCAUAGGAGACUGCAUGAAUCAGGCCUUCAUGGUCGAAUUGCUGCAAAGAAACCACUACUAAAGGACACCAAUAUGAAGAAGAAUCUUGGGCCAAGAAACACGAGCAAUGGACAUUAGACCGGUGGAAAUCUGUCCUUUGGUCUGAUGAGUCCAAAUUUGACAUUUUUGGUUCUAACUGCUGUGUCUUUGUGAGACGCAGAGUAGGUGAACGGAUGAUCUCCGCAUGUGUAGUUCCCACCGUGAAGCGUGGAGGUGUGAUGGUGGGGGGGUGUCGGGCAUUUAUUUAGAAUUCAAGGCACACUUAACCAGCAUGGCUACCACAGCAUUCAGCAGCGAUACGCCAUCCCAUCUGGUUUGCUCUUGGUGGGACUAUCACUUGUUUUUCAACAGGACAAUGACCCAAAACACACCUCCAGGCUGUGUAAGGGCUACUUGACAAAGGAGAGUGAUGGAGUGCUGCAUCAGAUGACCUGGCCUCCACAAUCACCCGACCUCAACCCAAUUGAGAUGGUUUGGGAUGAGUUGGAAUGCAGAGUGAAGGAAAAGCAGCCAACAAGUGCUCAGCAUAUGUGGGAACUCCUUCAAGACUGUUAGAAAAGCAUUCCUCAUGAAGCUGAUUGAAAGAAUGCCAAGAGUGUGCAAAGCUGUCAUCAAGGCAAAGGGUGGCUACUUUGAAAAAUAUAAAAUAUUUGUCGAACACUGUUUUAGUUACUACAUGAUUCCAUAUGUGUUAUUUCAUAGUUUUGAUGUCUUCACUAUUAUUCUACAAUUAAGAAAAUAGUAAAAAUAAAGAACAACUUUAGAAUGAGUAGGUGUGUCCAAACUUUUGACUGGUACCUUACAUGCAGCACAACUGGUGGACAAAAAAAGUUAACCAAGCCCAGCAGUAUACUCAUUCCCAAGCAGAGGAAGCUAAACCUUGCUCAUAGCCGAUCAUUAGGUUUGACUACUAUGGUUGCUGAUAGCUUGCCUGGCAGAAGCAAAUUGGUCUGGAUGCCAGGCAAGCUGAUCACAUCUUUUGUUUAAAUUUCAGAACUGAAACGACUCUUCCCUAAACCCCUCUGCGCACGGCCAAAAGGCCAUGUUCUGUCACCCAUAAAUGAGUCAACAUGCACUGACCACGGGUGAGUUGCUUCAUCUGCUCAACAAUUUAUAACAGUUAGAAAAGGGUUAAGUCCCAAAUGGUACCCUAUUUCCUAUAUAGUGCACUACUUUUGACCAGAGCCCUAUGGGCCCUGGUCAAAUUAGUUCUCUAAAUGGGGAGUAGGGUGCCAUUUGGGAUGCAGACAGAUAAGAUUUGUAGCUAGCAUUAACGUGAAUUAUCAUUCCUAGUACAUCCCAUUGUUAUAUUUACCUCAACAGAUCUGUCUCGUCAACUGCUCCCUGGAUGAACAGAAUGCUGGAAUCAAAUGGAACUGUGAGUGAAAACAUUCAUUAAACCAGUUCGCAUCACCUCCAAUUCACUCUACUUUAACUUAUCACGCUCCAUUUUCUCUUUUCAGGAGAGCACAAUAAAUUCAAGCACAGAAGACAGUUCAAGUUGAGUUUGGAACAUGUUUUUUUGUCAGUUCAUGGAUAAACCCAUGCUCACUUUGGUCCUUCGUGUUUUUUGGAUUGGUAAUUGCAAAUGAAUGGGUCAGAAAGUUAGUUAUUGAACGUAAUGUUUUUUCUAUGUGCAGUUUCACAAGUGGGUGUUUCCUCCCUCCUGUUGGAUUGUGAUGAGACUGACUCUGCUGACAUCAUCUCCAGCGAUACCAGCUCCAGCAGUCUGCCCUCACCUGAGCUGUUCCGCAGAGAGGAAGUCUAUGGUGUGUGUGUUGGUCUAGGACACAACAGGCACUGUAAAAAGACAUGGCUGACGGCCCAUGCCCUAAGAAGUUGAGUGACAGGGUUUUUUCAAUCCCAUCUUUUUUUGCGGUUUAGAAGAGAUAGUGGCCUUCCCCAGUGAGGAGAUGUUGGACCUGCAUGUAAAGAACUCCACUCUCCUAGAUGUCAGCCAUGCUGAGGACAUCCAUAUGCAGCAGCCUCCUAACCUGUCUUCCAUCAUUGGUAAGAGAUACAGCACAAUACUGGACAUACAUGAUGUUUCCCAAAUGGCACCCUAUUCACUUUAUAGACUACUAUUUUGUAUCUGUGCCCAUAGUGCACUACUUUUGACCAGAGACCUCUCUUGGGAAAAUGGUGCCAUUUGGGACACACAAAGUGUUUGUUUUUUUAAAGGACCCUGAAACCUUGUCAACCUUGGAGAGGUUUAGUAUUCCAUGCUUCCUAAUGUUCACAAAAUGUACUUUUCUUUCUUUGCAGACAUCUCCCAAAUGAAUGAUGGAAAAGAUCAGGAAAAAAGGUAGAUUUGAUUGAAUGGCCCCGCCCCUUUUUAUAAGAUGUGAAAUUAACUUUUUCAUAGAAUUAAAAGUAAUUUAUAUUCUAACAAAUAACAUUCAUUUUUUUCACAGCCACUUAGCACUACCCAUUAGAAGUACAUCUUCAGGUAUUUGCUUAUAAUUUUACAUUUACAUUUAAGUCAUUUAGCAGACGCUCUUAUCCAGAGCGACUUACAAAUAAUAUAUUUUAUCCUGAUUUUAAAUAACUAAUACAGUCAUUUAUGUAAUUUUUUAAAAUUGUUAUUAUGCCUAACAAAAACAGGAGAACACAUAUAAUUUCCAUGUAUUUGUAGACAAGCUGUUCAAUGCCUAUGUGUCCAUUGAAAGCACACCCCUAGCUGGAGGAGUAACUGUGCCCUCAGUCCCCAAGAAAAGACCAAGGGUAUGAAAACGCUCACCUGUCUUGUAUUUCUCAGAUUCUAUCUGAGCUACAAGUGGCAUGUAAAGAGAAACUGUGGAUCAUCUGCAAGUGUAAGAAUGUCAGUUAGUAAUGAAGUCCUCCUCUCACAGCCAGUGACGAUUAGACCCAGGAAGAUCAAAUGCAGGAAGAGAGUAACAUUCAGUGGCUCUGUUACCGCUGAGAAGAUGGUAGUGAACAAUGUGGAGCCUGUCAGUGACCAUACGGCCAGUGAAGUCAGUGAGAGGACCAGAGACACAGUAGACAACAGAGAGACUGCUGCCCCUGAAGAAGUCCCACAAGUCCUGAAAAGACCCACACAUCACUCACCAGAGCAAGCCAAGUCCUUUGACUUUGCAGACAAGAAAGAAAAAGACACCUUCUUUCAAAAGUUGAGGCAGAGGUACUCCUCCAUGAGGGUAAGCAUCCUCUCUGAAUGGUCAGUCUCUGGAUGAUUUCAGAUGCCAUGUAUCAGGGAUUUGCUGUCAUGGUAUGUUGUUUGACUGACCAUGGUCCUGGUAUUUUUUGUCACCAGAGUAUAUUCGCCAAUGUUGAUGUUGGUGGGCGUUCGACAGAUACAUUUGAAGAUGAGGGUGAUGUUGUUUGGUAA